AUGCAGGCUCAUGCAGCAUGUGGCUGGCUGAAGUAUGAGGUUCAAAGUAUCAACUCAAGAUUCUAUUACGUACGAGGACGAAUAAGCUCUCAGAUUAAGUGCGCGAUUAUCGGCCUUCACGCCCUACACCUAUUUUUCCUCACGGCCGAACUAGAGCUCUUUAGCUUGAGCGAGACCGAGACGGACCUUGGAGACCAGGCCGUGCCUUUUCUCGGCCCAGCCGAGCCACCUCCUCCCCAAUGGACCAUCCUGGGCCUCACCCUCGUCGUCUCAAUUCUCUACGUCUUCAUUGACAUUUCCCGCUACCUCUCUUCCCUACGCCUCCUCAGCCACGGGAUCUGCCGUGAGCACUACCUGCACACAGACCCCGGAGCAAUCAAACCCGGACCCUCAGAAAUCAUCCCAGAGGAGCUAUGCACCGACCCAGCAAUUCAGCAGCGCGUCGCCCGCCUGAGCAGCUACCUCCUAGCCCUAGAUGCCUUCCUUGCAUUCCUGUUCACCAUCCCCUAUGGAUUGACGCUCAACCGUCUUAGCGAGCGGUUCCUUGCUGCCCUGAACCUGUGCGGCUCUCUCCUAACAAAUGCCUGGCUGCUGACGGUGACCUACAACUGGUCCGUCUUCCCGAUCUGGGCGGCUGUCCUGGCACCCUUGUCUAGUGUUGUUGGCGGCGGCGCCUCGAUCUUCGACUCCGUCAUCUCGGUCAUUGUUGCUAGGCGUGUUCCUGAGGCGCAGCGCUCCGUCGUUCUCGGCCUCUUCUCCGCUGCCGGGCUAGCUACGCAGAUUCUCAGCCUCGCAGCAACGACUUCGCUCUUAGAUCAUGGCCGGCUAUUCACGCCGCUUGUGCUCAACUUUCCCAUCGGCCUUGUAGCGCUGCUCGUGCUCUCGCGUAUCCGGCCAAUAUCCAACAAAGAGGACGCCGACAGGCAAGAUGAAGCAAAGGACCCGAAUCACAUUAUUCCAGCGCUGCGCCAUGAGAUCCGAGCCGCCGUGAUGGCGCUCUCUCGCCUCCUCCGUCGCCCCCGUGGACUAUCCCUCCUCAUCGCCGUCCCACUUGCAAAACUGGCUGAUCCCCUCGCGGAAGUGACACUGCUCUUCGUGCAGCGCAAGUUCAACACCGACUUCGCUCAUGCAAGCCGCCUCCUAACCUACCAAACACUCGAAGGCCUCGUCCUCCUCGCGGCCGUUCUCCCACUCACAAAGCACAUCACACAGAAUAUCUUCCAUAUCACACCGUCCUGCGUCGAUAUCUCCAUCGCCCGCGCGGGAUUCGCUCUUAGCACCCUCGGCUGUCUAUCCUUGGGUCUAGCACAGACAUGGGCGCCUUACCUCUUCGGUAAGCCUGCCACCAGCCCCUUGUCCCCCUGCCUAAUACGACCAGGUCUUUCCAUCUUAACACUGGGCUGGUGCAUACCGCCGGCCCUGAAAUCGUUGCUCACGGGCAUGAUGCCGGAGAAAGACAUUGCGGCGCUAUAUACAGCGCUCGCGCUUUGUGAUAGUGCGGGACUGGGGCUAUUCAGCGCUUAUAUGAUAUUUGCCUCGAGUGUAAAGCCUGGAGGGUAUCAGGAACACCACAUCUUGUAG